AUGGGAAAUCAAAUUGCACAUAUACCUAAUCAGAUUCUUAACGUUGAAACCUACUUCAAUGACUUAAUUGGAUAUGACUAUGUUAAAAAUUUGGGUGUUACUCGUUUUUUAAAAGUUGCCAGAGCAAAAACAAGAAAUGGCUAUUGUGUGCUUAAAAUUUUUCAAAUUGUUGAUCAAUCACUUCCAUACGAUCAAUACAAGGCACAAAUACAAGAAAUCUAUUCAAUUCUUCAUGAAAAAGAAUCAUCACCAUCACCAUUAAAAAAUUGUCUACCAUUUCAAAUUGUUGCUAAAAAUGAUCGUUCAAUUAUUUUAACACGUCCAUAUAUAAAAGAUAAUUUAUUUUAUCGUUUACAAACACGUCCUUAUUUAACACGUAUUGAAAAAAAAUGGAUUGCUUAUCAAUUAUUAAUUGCUCUUAAACAUAUACAUCAUGUUAAUAUAGCACACGGGGAUUUAAAAAUAGAAAAUAUUUUAUUAACAAGUUAUAAUUGGGUUUUAUUAAGUGAUUUUGCUAAUUUUAAACCAACUUUUUUUGCUUAUGAAGAUCCAGCUGAGUAUUAUUAUUAUUUUAAUGCAUCACAACGAAAUGUAUGUUAUUUAGCACCAGAACGUUUUUAUGAUCAAACAAGAAUGAAAAAUGAUAUUAAUAAUGAUACAUUUUCGACUAGCUUUGGGAAACUAGGUACUUCAGCAAUGGAUAUUUUUUCUCUCGGUUGUAUAUUAGCAGAAUUAUUUACUGAACAACCAUUGUUUACUUUAACACAAAUGCUUGAUUAUAGAAUUAAUAGCUAUGAUCCAAUGCCAAUUGUUAAUAAAAUAGUUGAUGUUGAUAUACGGGCAAUGGUUGCAAGUAUGAUUGAUCGUGAUCCAUUGAAACGUCAUACUGCUGAACAAUAUCUUGAUGAACAAACAGGCAAAGGAUUUCCAUCUUGUUUUUAUACAUUUCUUUUACCAUAUGUACAAAAAAUUUUAAAAGAAUUUUCACCAGAUUUUGUAAUUUAUAAAUUGCAUCGAGAUUUUUCAUAUAUAAUCAAUAGUUUACUUAUUGAAAAUAAUAAUACAAAUGAGAAUUCAAUUGAAAUUGAUGAAGAAAAAACUCAAGAAUCAUCACAAUGUUUAUUAAUACUUCUUUCACUUGCUUUAUCUUGUAUGAGAAAAUUAAAACAUUUACAUUCUCGACUUGUCGCACUUGAACUUUUACGCUUAAUGAUCCCUCUUGUUGAUGAUCAAAUUAUACUCGAUCGAAUUUUACCUUAUGUGAAUGCCAUGUUACAUGACGAUUAUCAUCGUGUGCGAGCUGAUGCUAUUCGAACUCUUGUUUUUGCCAUAUCAUCUGUAAAAAAUAUAAAUCAAGAAAAUGCUGAUCUUUUUAGUGAAUAUCUUUUUCCAACAUUGUCAACAGCAAAUAUUCAAGAUGAUUGUUAUGUUCGAUCAAAUCUUGCUAAAUAUUUAUCUCUACUUGCUGAACAUUCAUUAAGAUUUUUAGAGAAAACUUAUUUAAUUGAAGAACGAAAUCAUACAAUAAAUAAUGAUCAUUUUAAACUUUAUGAAGAAGAAUUAAAAAGUGUUCAAACAUGGAUGCAAGGUAAAUUCGGUGAUCUAAUACAUGGUGAAAAUGAUGAUCAAAAUGGACAAUUAGCUGAAGCUGUUUGUCGAUCGGAUCUUAUACGUUUAUGUACUUUUUUUGGCAAACGAAAAACGAUUGAAGUUAUUUGUGGACAUUUAACUACAUUAUUAAGUCAACCAAAUUGGCGUUUACGUGCAACAUUAUUUGAUAGUCUUGUUACUGUUGCUUCAUAUAUUGGACUUGAAAGUGAAUUAUUUAUUUUACCAUUAUUAAAUCAAGGAUUAAUUGAUGAAGAAGAAUUUGUUGUUUAUCGGGUAUUAAAAGCACUUGCUUGUUUUGUUCGUUUAUCAUUAUUAAAACGUAAAACAAUUUAUGAAUUUCUUCGACAAGUUGCACCACUUGUUUGUCAUCCAAAUCUUUGGCUUCGAUUAAGUGUUAUUGAAUUUAUUAAUAGUAUUUGUGAAAAGUCUCAUUUAGCUGAUGUACAUGGAUUUGUUAUACCGGUGAUUGAACGAUUCUUUAAAUUUCCAAUUGUUCAAGUUGGAAAUGCUGAUAUAUUAUAUAAUGCUUUGAUAGAACCAUUAUCACGUGAAUUAUUUGAGUAUGUUCAACAAAUUCAACCAAAUGAAAAUUUAUUUCGAUAUUUAACUGAUCGAUCUAAUGUUCGACAAAUGACAGGUAGUGGAUUAAAACCAGCUUAUGUUGAAUCUACUGAUCCUAUUGUUCGUGAUGCAUUUGAAAAAUUAACUGAAUUAGGAAUGAAAGAAGAAGAUGAAGAUAAAAUUUUAGCAUUAAAAUUUUUUGUUAAACAAACACCACAAUAUAAAUUAAAUAUAAGUGCAUCAACUGAAACUACAACUCGACCAGGCACAGUUUAUAUAAAAACUCCACCAGGACGACGACUUGAUUUAAGUUUAAAUAUAAAUCGAACUAACAAUGAAAAUUAUUCAACAAGAAAUAUUAAUAAUGAUGCUUCCGAUUGGUCAGAAAUGUUCGGUGCUGUAACAAUGCAAAUUGGAAAUCAAGAAGAAAAUAUUCCAACUAAUUUAACAAUCAAUCCAAAUGAUAAAACAAUAAAUGAAAAUAAUGAUGAAGCUAUGUUAAUUGAUACAAUACAAUAUCAAUUACCAUCAACAGAAAAUAUAACACAACAUCGACCACAUGUUUUUCUUGAACCAUCAUCAAAAACUAUACGAACAGGUCUUCGAUUACAAUGUUUAACUGAACAAAAUAAUUUAUUAUUAAAACAUGAAGCUAUCUAUCGUGAAGAUUGUCAACGUACUAAAUUAGUUAAACAUUGUGUACCAACAAAUGUUUAUGAAAUAUCUGAUCAAAAACUUUGGACACCACAAGGUAUUCUUCUUGGUCAUAUUCAUUUACAUAAUGGCAAAAUUACAAAAUUAGCAUCAAGUCUUGUUUCUCCAUCACUUAAUUAUACGCAACUUUUUGCUACCGGUGAUACAAAAGGAGCUAUUCGAUUAUGGGAUAUAAAUCAAUUUCAAAAAUCUCUUAUCUUCCGACCAUCACGAGCUAUUCGUGGAACAGCAUCAGCUGUUCGAGGUUUAGCAUUUACAUCGGAUAAUAAUUUAAAUCUUGCUUCUUUGAAUGAAAAUGGACAAUUAAAUAUAUAUGAUCUUAGUUCUUCAACAACUGAUAUUCGUGAAUCAUUUUAUAAUUUAAAAUUAGAUGUUAAUGAUAUUGGUGUACCAAUUGAUUUAAAAUAUUUUAAUACUGGUUCACAAGAUAUUUUAGCAUUAGCUACAUCACAAGGUUUAAUUGUUGGAAUUGAUACAAGAUGUUCAACACCUAUUUUUCGAUUUAAAAAUGAUUUAAAUCAUCGUUUAAUAACUGCAUUUGAAAUUGAUGAACUUCAAUCAUGGUUAGCUGUAGGUACUGGUAGUGGAUUUAUUGAUAUAUGGGAUAUGCGUUUUCAAUUGUGUAUUCAAGGAAUUAGACAUCCAACAGGUGCACGUGUUAUAAGUCUACUUCGUCAUCAAGAUCAACCGAGUAGUUUAAUUAGUUCAUUUCAAGGUAAUAAUGAAGUGGCUGUAUGGAAUAUUGAUAAACCUCAAACGCGACAAAAAGCUUUUUGGCCAUCACCUGUAACACCACUUUCAUUAACACAGUCACUUAAUCAUUAUAUUGCAUCAAUGUAUUUAUGGAAAAAUGAUGGAGCUAUAUCAUUACUUUGUGCUGGAACAGAUAUGCGGAUAAGAAAUUGGAAUUUAACUCAACCAUUACGAUCAUAUAUUGUAUGUCGAGGACCAGCUGAUGAUGAUCUUUUAACAGCUCGUUAUCAACCAAAAACAAUUGAUGGUGUUGAAAUAACUAUUGAAGAAUAUCAUAAACGUAAACAUCCAGCAUCACCACCAACAGUAACACAAUUAACAAGUACAUCAUCAUCAUCAUCAUCUGCAACAACAACAACAACAACAGAAAUUAAAACAACAAAAUCAAGUGCUAAUAUUCCAUCAGCACACACCGAUACAGUUACAUCAAUGCAAUUAGUUAUGUCAAAAGAACGCACACCUUAUUUAAUAACUGUUUCAUGUGAUGCUGUUGUUAAAAUAUGGAAAUAA